AUGACUGGUAAACACUUGGUAAUUGCAAACUUGGGGGAUUCUCGUGCAGUCCUCUGCACUAGAGGCAACAAAAAUCAGCUCGUUUCCGUCCAACUCACAGUUGACGUGAAACCGAAUCUUCCAUGUGAAGCGGAAAGAAUUAGGGACUGCAAAGGCAGAGUUUUCGCAAUGGAUGAAGAACUGGAGGUGUUUAGAGUGUGGAUGCCUGAUGAUAAUUGUCCCGGUCUUGCAAUGGCAAGGGCUUUCAGAGAUUUUUGCUUGAAAGAUUUUGGCCUAAUUUCAAUCCCGGAAGUCUCUUAUAGAAAGCUUACGGACACAGAUGAAUUUGUGGUACUGGCAACUGAUGGGGUAAGAAAACAUAAAGAGUUCUUUUUAUGUGUGUGACAGUCUGACAAACAUUUCUUCCAUAAUUCUCUAGCAAAACUAAUUUGAUAAUUCUGGCGAACUUUUGGUUGAAUAAACCGUUUCUUUCUCUUAGCUUUAGGCAGUAAAUUGUUUAAGUGUGAACGUACAUAAGCAUUAUCUUGGCUAGUUUUUUAUGC